AUGGGGUAUCCGCCAAUUGAGAAGCUAUGCUCUGCUUUGGUUUGGACAACACAAAGGUUGAGGCAAUACAUGUUGUACCAUACAACUUGGCUAAUCUCAAAGCUAGACCCUCCCAAAUACAUGAUGGAAUCAACCACUUUAAAUGGAAGGAUGGCCCGAUGGCAGAUUCUGCUCUCCGAAUUUGAUAUAGUUUAUGUAAACCAAAAAGCUGUGAAUGGGAGUGCAAUAGCAGACUUCCUAGCCAGUAGAGCUUUGGAGGACUAUAAACCUUUGAAUUUCAGUUUCCCCAAUGAAGAUCUAAUGUAUGUAGCAAUCGCUGAAGGAGACAUGUCUAAAGAUCAUUCUUGGAAAUUAAAUUUUGACGGAGCAUCAAAUACCGUUGGAAAUGGAGUUGGGGCAGUACUGAUAUCCCCAAACGGAGACCAUUAUCCAUUCACUUGCAAGCUGGAUUUUGACUGCACAAACAACAUGGCAGAAUACGAAUCAUGUAUCAUGGGAAUUCGGACAGCUAUAGAUCGCGAAAUCAAAGUAUUAGAAGUGUAUGGAGAUUCUGCAUUGGUAAUUUAUCAGCUUAAAGGUGAGUGGGAAACGAGAGAUCCCAAAUUGAUCAAUUACCGAAAGUUAAUCCUGGAGUUAAUUGAAGAGUUUGAUGAUAUUACCUUUCAUUACCUCCCGCAAGACGAGAAUCAAAUGGCUGACGCCUUGGUUACACUGGCUUCCAUGAUCAAAGUAAAUGAACAGGAGGAUAUGAAGCCAAUUCAAAUGAGUAUCUGUGAGGCUCCGGCUCACUGCUGUAAUGUCGAUGAAGAGGAAGAGAGAGAUGAUCAUCCUUGGUAUCAUGAUAUCUUACAAUAUAUGAAGAGCCGUGCAUAUCCAGAUCAAGCAACCGAAAAUGAUAAAAGAACAUUGAGGAGGUUAGCCAGUGACUAUGUUCUGGACGGUGAGGUCCUAUAUAAGGAAAGAAAGGAUUAG